AUGCGACAGGAUGCAUUCAAGGCUACACCAACGUUGCUGGAAAAUGCUUGGCUUGCAGCUCGCAUUGCGAGCAGUGCGAUCGCUCCGGUCCCGCUAAUUGCGAUCCAGGCCAAUGCGCCCGAGGCUAUGGUAACAGCGGGACUGGCUGUGGAGCAUGCACAUCUCACUGCCAAAGCUGCAGCACUGCGGGUGCCAACAAUUGCAACAAAGGCAGCUGCGAAGUCGCUCGUUACACAAAUGAUAGAAACCUUUGCUCUGCUUGCGGCUCGUCCUGCUCAACCUGCGGUAUUUCUGGACCAGGCCGAUGUGACAGAUGUGACGAUGGUCAUUUUGUUGAUCGCACGAAAUCUUGCCAGAGAUGCACGCAGAACUGUCGCCAGUGCAGGGAUGGCACUUUGCAAGGGUGCACGGAUUGUUAUAGUGGAUACGGCUUCGACAAAGAUCGACAUUGCGUAG